AUGUCCAGAGUCACCGUGACAUUGCUUCUCUGGAUUAUCCUUGGCAUUUCGGUGGCGGGAAAUGUAGCUCUGGCUGUGGUUUUAAUUCUUCUCGUGCGUGGGGAUUUCCAGGUUCAUGCUGUUUCAAAACCUGCCCCUUACCAGAUCCGGAGUUGCAUGCUAAACUGUAUUCCUUGUCGAUCUGCUGCAAACAGCAUAACAGCAAACCUGACUCUGGAUCCAAGCACGGCUCACCCCCAGCUGUACAUAUCUCCAGAUUUGAAAAGCGUGAGAUGGAAAGCCAUGAAACAGCAAGUGAAGACCAGUCCUCUGAGAUAUGAACUUCUGGCCAGUGUCCUAAGCCACGAGAGCUUUAGCUCUGGGAAGCUUUGCUGGGAGGUGGAGGUGGUGGAGAAAGGGGAGUGGUGGGGGGUAGGAAUUGUUAGGGAGUCUGCAAACAGGAAGGGGCCCAUUGUCCUUCAACCAAGCGGAGGUUACUGGGGAGUGCAGCGAAUUGACGGGCAGCACCAAGCCAUCACUCAUCCCAGGACAAAUUUGUCACUGAGUCAUUCGCCGAGAAGGAUCCGAGUUUCUCUGGACUAUUCACAAGGCCUCAUAGCAUUCUUUGAUGGCGACACGAAUGCUGAACUCUUCACUUUUCCUAAAGCAAAUUUUGCUGGAGAGAAGGUUCAUGCUUGGUUCUUGAUCGCUAAGUGGAAUGGACAGCUUCUCCUCCACCCAUGA